UCCCGAAACGAUGGCCAUAGAAUACUGCUUUGAGAAAGUGAAGUCAGCUAAAGACAUCAAUGUACUAAGCUAUCAACGCCAACCCAUAGAGAAGAUUGCGGUGUUGUAACUAAAGCUAACAUCAGUUAUUGAGAAGCAUGAAGAAACUAGCGACUCCUAGUUUUAUAAAUGUUCAUCAAUUAAUUUUGCAGCACGAAGAAGUCCCUGAAGUCAUGGCAGUACACUCGAUUGAAUGGAUGCUUCAAGGCAUACUAACCUCCCUUCUGUCUGGCGUUGGUUUCUACAUAAUUACCAGGGCCUUGGAAUACGCUAAAAAGUAUUGCCAGAAGGAGAGACAGAAACAGAAUGUCUUUCAAAAAUAUUUCACUGAAGAUGAAAACUUCCACUGGAGAAACUUUCGAGUUCAAGGGUCGAGUCUUGUGGAUGACCGUUUUUACAAUCGAGCUCCAAAUCUCUUCGCGGCCUACAAGCGAUCGCCUGGAUUCCUCUGUCACAACAACGUGACUGGCAAUGAGUCCAGCAGUGCAACAUCGGUCAACACCAACGGUAGACCGCCUCAAUGGUCUGACCUUGACCUGACAGACUUCCGAAACAUUGCGCCAUUUUCCUCCAUGUUGAAACUCGCGGAGCAGACGUCGCACAGACGUGAAAUCAAUGAAGGGACGGAAGUUGGGCUGAAGAAAGACUCCUUCUGUUCCUCUCCAUCCAACGUCAAAAUUUGGAGUAUCUCCGACAGUUACAACAAAGUCGAUUCAAGCCGGGAGUCCUCCAGCUCCAAUUCAGCUCCUCGUUGUGAAUUAGGAGCUAGCUACUGUCACGGCGUAGGUAGCCAAAAGAAAGACGAACCCCACAGUACGGUCACGAAAAAGUUUGACGAGAAGGCCACCGCUAGUGGCAGACGAGCAAGAAAAGCUUCUAAGAUUGCCCACUUGCCGAUCACAAAGAGGAAUCAGGUAGCUAGUAAAAUUUCAGAAUGUGAAGUUAGAGUGAUCAAGUCAAAGGUUAUGAGAAGCGUCUAUGACGUGGAUGGCUCGGAAACAGAUCCAAGUCUCUCAUCCGGAACAGAACGUAUUUAUAACGCAUUCGAUUCCGUUAUCCAAGAGGUCAAGCAGACAAGCUCGGUCACUAUUAGCAGCGCAGCUGGAACGACAAAGCAGCACUUUGUGGAACAUUGCAAAGAUCAGAAUGCCGUUUGCUUUGUCUCCGAGAAGAGCCAACGUGAGCUCAACUAUUUCCAAAGCUGGGCAUCCUGGUUCGCCACCCCGCAAGAAUCGCAGGUGUCUUUAGAUUUAUCUAAAUCCGCCCUGGAAAUGUCACAAUUCUCAGAGGUUAGUGGGAAAAAACAAUUUAGUAGUUUAGAAGAUUGGCAGUUGUCCGUGGAUGGUAUAGAAAGAGAUUUGGAAAUAGAGGAGCAACGUAAAGAAGAAACGGAUUCGGUAAAGUCAGUGAGACCUGAUACAACGACAGACACUCGACGUGUGACCGAAAAGAUAUCUCCAAUUUCUGAACAGUGCACAGCUGUUAAAACUUUUGAGAGAACGCAAGUCAAAACUUCAAAUCAGACGCAGGAUUUUGAUUACAAAAUUGUACAAGAAAAAAUAUCCCCGGCUUUGACGUGCAGCUUUAGAUCUGGCUCAACUAGUGUCCCAAAUAGCGCACAUAUGCAUACAUCUGGGUCUCCUAAGGGAAGAAAUGCUGAAAAACAAAAAGCCUCUAGUACCUCCUUGAAAAAGUCCGAGAAGAAUGAACACUCCCCAACCGUAAUUAAAAUUAAAACGUCACCUCCUCGAACACAUGAGACAAAAGCGAUCAGCAAAGCAAAAUCUAUAGAUAGUGCUUCUCCUUUACACAAGAAGCCACCAAAGCUCCAAGACAGAGGUAAAGAUGAGACCACUCCAGAGACGCUGACUGCUUGGUCAAGGAGAAAACGUGCUGACAAGACAAGAAAACUCGAUAGGUCUGUUUCGUGUAGCCCGACAACUAGUGAAAAAUCCACAAUGUGUAAGCCUUCAUCUAUGGAGAAAGCUUCUGGUAAAGAGCCUGACACCAAAGACCAAUUAACAGAAAUGUGUUCCUUAAUGUUGGUCAAUGAUACCUCAAAGUGUUUUGGCUCUACUGACAUUUACCAGCUCGGGUCAUUAUCAAACGAGGGUGACAUGAUUGAUGUGGACAUCCCCAAUCAGGAUGUAGACAGAACAAAGUCUUUGAGCAGCAAGCAAAUAUACGCACUUUCUAAAACCAACCAACGAGUGCCCUCUUUCAAAACUCAGAAGCAUAAAAAUUUAUCGAAGCUUAAACGAGCUGCCAGCAAAAAAAAUUUGAAUAAGCAGAUUACAAAAGUUGACAUGUCUCUAGUUAUUACAAGAAAAGCUUCCAAAGAAAUGGCCAGCAAAAGAGAAGCCAAAGCUGGUAGUACUAAGACAACAGAGAUUGUUAACAAAUCUGGAGACCAGGAAGAGGGACAAACCAAGAAAACGGCAUUAAAGAUGGAGGGCAGUAGUAGCUUCAAGAAACAAAAGAAUUUAAAAAUACGAAACUCACUGAAACACAAACAAAUCGACUCAUUGGAAGAACACUUGUUCGAAAAGUCUGAAAAGGAAGAUCUAAUACCAUUUCAGUCAGAUGUCAAACAAUGUAAAGAAACUGUUCUCCAAAAAUGUAACAGAAGAAUGAAAGUCCAUCCAAUAAAAAGUGUAGACAAAUACAGAACUAAGAGGCAAAGUUUUCUCAAUAAAGAUAAACUCUCAGACAAUGCAAAGCCACUUGCACAUACUCCCACUGAGCUUCUCCAUUUGAAAGACAACUGCGUCGAGUCACCGGUAGAUGAGAUUCAUCCUCUUUUUACCAACCAACCUAAAAGUCAUGGAGUUGACUCCAGAGUCGUAGAGUCGACGUCAACUCCAAGAGAGUUCUCACUGAAACUUUGCGAGCCUAAAUAUUUAGACUUCAAUGGACAAACAUUAGCAGAAGCUGCGCAGUUUUUCUUAAACACUUCCGAGUCCUCGGUUGAUCCCGAAACAAAGCUGGACGAAAGAUCAUCACUGGUUCAUUUGUUUCAGACAAACGGGGCAAUGAAUAGUUCGGUUUACUCACCUUCCAAUCCACUAGACCUAAUGCUAUCUGCUAGGCUAUCACCAGAAUCUGAACAUGCAGCGUCUUCAAAACUAAGCGCACCCCUGUCAACAACACAUGCGUGUAAAUCUGUGGAUAAGAAAAUCUUGGAGUCUAAUAUUAGUAAGACAUCAUCAUCCGCUGAGAAGAUUAACAAGAUGGACAUGCCAUCAUGUAUUAACAGGAAGGACAUGCCAUCAUCAAAGUCCAUUUUAAAAAAUAAAAAUAUGCUUAGCAAAGAAACGCAACAAAUUAAGGGUCCGACAGAAAAAUCUAACGUUAGUAAACAAGCAAAGGUAUUGCCAAUGGGUACUUCAAAAUGCAAAAAGCGAAUUCAGGAACCGUGCCUCUUAAAAUCCAAAAACUGGUUGGAACCAGCGGAGAAAAUGUUGCUUAAAAACGAAAAACACAAUGUGCUCAAACCAAUUGAGACCAAGUGUGCCGUUUCAGAUACUAAUGCUCAGGCAGCAGGACAAGAAACUCCAAAGAGCUGUUUCAUCAGACCAUCUAAAAACAAGCCUCAAGUCAGACGGGAAGCUAAAUCUACGGACAGACCAAGCCCCAAAACAACAAUGCCAUUGAAACAAAAUGAGAAAGCAGAUAUCAAAAGAAAAGCAGCGGUACUGAAAAAAUCUACAGCUGAGUCCCCCCAGGUCAUGUUCAAAGAGAGAUCCAUUGCCAAGAAAGAAAAACUCCUUGGUAUCAAGAAGAAACCCGUGCCUUUGUUGCCACUUGAAAUGGCGCAGUCCUUCCCUGAAGCCCAAUUUAAGCAUGAGACUUUGAUCUCUACAGAACGAAACGCUUCGUCCAAUGGCGUUGCUAGAAGAUCAGUCCCGAGUCAGGCGUGCUCUAGUCAAGUACUACCUCGACCUGUCAAGGCUACUGUCCACUCUGACGAGAGCGUCAUGACCAUCAGAAGCUAUGACCUGGAUUCCGAUCACGAGAAUCGAUCACUUCGAUCCCGACCUUUGAAUGCAGACAAACAGCGCAGGGUUGUUUUGAAAAAGUCUGCUUUGGACGAGAUUGUGAAACAAAUGCAAUCACCGUAAUAGACAACAAACUUUCAUUAACAGAUGUAUAUGGUACACUAUCACAAAUAUUCUUACACUAAAAAACGGAGUCUUUUAAAAAGCAGUCUGAAGCCAUUUCAAUUAUUUACUCAAAUUAAACAAAAAUAACAUUAAGCACUUGUAAUUCAGUGGCAUGGGAUUGUCAAUUUUAGAAAUACAUAUGGACGCUUGUUAUAUUGCUAACAAUGAACUAUUAAUGAACGAACCAUCUUCUACAAAUAAAUAUAUGUGAAAUGUGUACAACUAGACUGUCUUGCUUGUGUAUUUUGAAGCCAGUUAUAUACAAUUAAUAACUAUGCUUCGCUUAUGGAAGAUUUGGUAUCUGUACAAUGUUUUAAAAUGGAUGUGUGUGUUGAUACGUUUAUUUUUAUAUAUUUUUUUAAUAACAAAUAUUUGGAAUUUAGAUUAUUUAAAAAUACAUACCAUUGCAAAUUAGA